GCCUAAAAAGCAAAACAGAUAAUAUUCCCAGACCCCGCCACACCUCCCCUCUCUGGUAUUCUCCCAGGCUCUGUUUCACGGUGGGGUGGGGGCAGAAGGAGAUCAUUAGCAGCCUGGGAUCAGGAUGGAGAAGUGCUCCCUCAUGCUGACUGCUCCUCCUCUCGUGGUCCUCCUCCUCACAGCCCUCACCCCCGGGGACGCAGACCCUCAGAGACUCCCAUCAAACCUCACCACCUCACCGACCCCGAAGACUGCUGAGGCCGCAGCUGGAGCCCGUCCCGCAGCAGGAGGACGGACCGAGCAGAAGCAGGAACAACAUCUAGACUGCCCUCCUCUCGGUUUGGAGUCCCUGCGGGUUGAUGACAGCCAGAUCCGAGCUUCCUCCUCUCAGCGCUCCGGUCUGGGUCCACAUAGAGGGAGGCUCAACAUCCAGUCUGGCAUUGAGGAUGGAGAUCUGUACGACGGAGCCUGGUGUGCUGAGUUCAAGGACCGGCAGCAGUGGCUGGAGGUGGACGCAGUCCAUCCCACCCUGUUCACUGGGGUCAUCCUGCAGGGUCGAAACUCCAUCUGGAGCUGGGACUGGGUGGAAACAUAUAAAGUCCAACUGAGCAACGACUCUGAGCGCUGGCAGACCUGCAUGAACGGGACCACGGAGAUGAUAUUCCAGGGGAACCGGGAUCCAGAGACUUCGGUUCUUGGACUUCUUCCAGUUCCCACUGUGGCCCGGUACAUCCGCAUCAAUCCUCAGAGCUGGUUCUCCAACGGGACCAUUUGCUUGAGGGCAGAGGUGCUCGGCUGUCGGGUUCAGGACCCGGCAGACAGAUUCGAGCAUGACCCGCUAUCAAAGGAUGAUCUGGACUUCAGACACCACAGCUACAUGGAAAUGAGAAAGCUCAUGAAGUCUGUGAGGGAGGAGUGUCCAAACAUCACCCGCAUCUACACCAUCGGGAGGAGCUACAUGGGCCUUAAACUCUACGUCAUGGAGUUUUCAGACAACCCCGGAAAACACGAGCUCGGUGAACCUGAGUUUCGAUACGUGGCUGGCAUGCACGGGAACGAGGCCCUGGGGCGGGAACUUCUUCUGAACCUGAUGCAGUUUCUGUGCAAAGAGUUCCUGAAGGGGAACCAGCGUGUGGUGCGCCUGGUCACGGAGACUCGGAUUCACCUCUUUCCCUCCAUGAACCCAGACGGAUAUGAAGCCGCUUAUGAAAAGGGUUCAGAGCUGGCUGGCUGGGCAGACGGACGCUACAACUUUGAGGGAAUCGACCUAAACCACAACUUUCCAGACCUGAACAACAUCAUGUGGGACGCUCAAGAGAAGGCUGCAGACGCCUCCAAAGUGCCCAACCACUACAUCCCCAUUCCUGAGUACUACACCCAGGAGGACGCUACGGUGGCUCCAGAGACCCGCGCCGUCAUCAACUGGAUGCAGGAAAUCCCUUUUGUCCUCAGCGCAAACCUCCACGGGGGGGAACUGGUUGUCACCUACCCGUUUGACUGCACCCGCGAUUGGGCCCCCCAGGAGAACACCCCCACUGCAGAUGACACCUUCUUCCGCUGGCUGGCCUCCGUCUACGCUUCCACCCACCUGGUGCUGUCCAACCCCGACCGCCGCGUCUGUCACUACGAGGACUUCCAGACCCACAACAACAUCAUCAAUGGGGGGGCCUGGCACACCGUUCCUGGCAGCAUGAAUGACUUCAGCUACCUGCACACCAACUGUCUGGAGGUGACGGUGGAGCUGUCCUGUGACAAGUUCCCCCACGCCAGUGAGCUCCCCACAGAGUGGGAGAACAACAAAGAGUCCCUGCUGGUUUACAUGGAGCAGGUUCACAGAGGGAUCAAAGGCGUGGUCAGGGACAAAGUCAGCAAACAGGGAAUCGCAGACGCCAUCAUCAAAGUGCAGGGGCACGACCACGACGUUCGCUCAGCUGCUGAUGGGGACUUCUGGCGCCUGCUGAACCCUGGCGAGUACAAGGUGGUGGUUUGGGCCAAAGAUUACUUCCCAUCCAUGCGCCGCUGCCGCGUUGGCAUGGAGCCUCAUCCCACAGUCUGUGACUUCACCCUCACCAAAAUUCCUGCCCAGAGGCUGAAAGAGAUCCAAGCCAAAGGGGGUAGGAUCCCCCAGGACCAGCAGCUGCGAGUGCGAGCCCUGAGGCUGCGGAAGCUGCGAGCCAGCACCAAAGCCAUCAACCGCCGCAGGGAGAAGCAGCAGCAGCUGGAGACCAGGAGAGCCUCCCGAACCAGGGGGUCUGUGAAGAACUGAUGAGGGCUCCUGUCCUGAUGAUGACUACCUGAUCACAAAGACGUUCGGGUCCACCAGAACCUGAGAUGACAUCUGUGAACUGGCCCUUUAAAGCAGAAGUCUAUGGGGUCAAAUUAGAAUCAGCUUAAAGUGAAGAAAAAAAAAACAGAUUGAAAAAUUGAAGUUUUUAACUUGAAAGAAAUGUUGAAAUUUGGAAAACUAAAACUGUAAAUUUGAAAAAAAAAAAAAUUUAAACUUGAUAUCAAUAUUGAAAAAUUAUAGGUUUGAAACUUGAAUAAAAAUAACCAUGAACCUAAAACUGUUACCAAAUAAGAAACAAGGUUAUUACUUGUAACAGCCGCUGUUUUGCAUUUUCAGUUUUCAAAACAGUGUCUGUUGUUGGGGCCGCGUAAUGAACCAAACUUUAUCACUACUAUACUGUAACUUUUUUUUAAUUUAAGUUUCAAUUUUACAUUUUCCCUCCAAAUUUUCACUAUUUUUUAAGUUCAGUACUUUCAAAUUUAAUGUUUUCAAAUUUACAAUCUGACUUAAUUCACUCUAAAUUGACUCUGAUUUAAUCCCAUAGAUCUCUUGUUGCACUAAAAGUCCAAAAAAAGGACCAGACUUUAACUUUUAAGAACACUAAACAGGUUUAGUAUUUUGGUCAGCUGGUCUGAUGCUUUUAUGCUUUUAAACUUUUUCUUUCUUGACUCCAGCCCACAAUCUGUCUACAAAAGGACGAAGCUGUGAGGACUUUUAUCAGCAGCUUUGCCGUGUUUUCAGUUUUCUCAACUGAUUGUUGUUUCUCUAUCGACCCAUUUAAUAAAAGAAUUUCAGAAAUA